AUGGAGGUGCCGCGGAUCGCUCGGGUUCUGAGCAGCGCGGACGAUGUGCUUGAGCGUAGGCACGGCGCAGCUGACGGCUUGGAGCCCAGCGCGGCGUCGCCAAUGGCCCAAAUCCGCGUCGCAAUGCUUGAUCGUAACGUUGAACGGCUUAGGAAGGCACACCGGCAGUUUAAACGGGUGGUUGACGGAGCCACAGCGAUGCUGGAGCGCAUCGAGAGCGUCGCUUCAAGGAUCGCUGCUGCCAAGCGCAACAUCCAGGGGAUCGAGAAAAGUGGCGCAUAUGCUGAGAUGGACGAUGUGCGGCAACACAUCGCACUCACGGAGAAGCGGCUCGGGGCGGUCAACAGGGUAAUGGAGCGCCUGAAUCCUCCGAUGGGCAACACCGAUCACGAGGGGGUAGCCGGUGAAGGUCAGGUCGACGAAGCUGGAGCUGAUAGCCUAGAGCGAGUGCUAGAGGCAGCUCGAGGCUUAACGGAUUGCAAAAACUUCUGCGAUGCGUUACACGAGCUGGAGUACCUGAAGGGCUCCCCAGUCCUACACGAAGGGUCACAGCGGAUAAAUGCCAAUAUUGAUCGAGUGUGUGAGACUUGUUUCCUUGGUCUACAAAAGGCAUCACGCAAGAUGUCCUUUGACCUCUGCGCUGCGUGUGACGAUGCCAGCGUCAUCGCGCUUCGGCACUCAAACUCCUUCGUUCCUCCGGCACCGGAGCAUGAAGUCGACGAAAUAGGUUUUCAGCGUAUAUUCGAACGCAGUGACGAGACAGAUGAGUCGUUGGCGGUUCGAGCACUUCGGCUGCUCCGCCUGCGGCCCACAUACCUGUACCACUUCGUUUCAGGCAUGCGCGAGAUCCUCGGUCAGCUGUCUACAAAGCGCUUUUCGGCAUACGCCAAUGCCGUAACCGUGGACCCGAACAACCGCAGCGCGUCGGUAUCGGUGGUGCUUGAGCACCUUCUUAGGAAUGUGGAAUUAAUGAAAGGGUGCGUGGAGGGCAUAUACGGGAACGCAGGGUUGCCUCUAGCGGAAUCUGGUCAUAAAGAGGAUGGAGUCGAGUUCCUUGGCGCCCCUAAUUAUCUUAGAGAUAUAUUAAAACGGCUGGUCAACCCGCUGGAGGCGAAACUGAACCGCAUCAUGCAAACCAGGGCGGUAAAGCGCGACGAGGGCGUCGUAUCAUCUAGCGUCGUGUUAGAUAUUUUUACUGCGAUACACAUUGCCAAGAUGUACGUUAAACGGAUGAGGGAAGCGCUGAUUACGCCGUGGGACGCUAGGGGAGCACCGGCCGGGAUAGCCAUCGAUGCACCACCGGUAGAGCCCGAAGUGGAUGGUGAUAAUAAGGGCGAGGGUGAUGCCAACGCAGAGAAUGGGGUCGAAGAGGGUGUUGAUGGAGCAAAAGAUGACACCAAUACAGAUGAGGAUGACGAAAAGGAGAAAAAAUCGCAGGGGAAAAAGAAGAAAAAGAAAAACAGGAGGAGACGUAGCCUACGGAGGAACUAUUAUAGGGGUUAUUCAGAUGAUGAUUCCCACAGCGACAUUUCACGUAGCUCAUAUAUGGAUGACCAUUAUUAUUACGAUGACUACAGUAGUUAUGACGAUAGCGAUUAUGAUUAUGAAGAUGGUGAAGGUGAUGAGAGCAGCUCAGAUGAAGAUUCGGAUACCAAGUCUUAUGACCCUUAUCGAUAUCCGCAUCGUAAUGUGCCCGAAAAGACAAACGGUACCCCGGCUGCUGAGGAAAAUGAUUAUGUAGCACACGAUCCGCUUAUUAAUACGCUCAAGAGAACGCAGUCAGAGUGGCGUAACGACCUUCUCAAAAGUAUACAUCACCGGAUAACGGCACCGGUAGAAUCCACCGAACCUUUCUUCAUGGAUGCUGCGGCUGUGUUCGAUAUUUCAGUGCCAUAUUCUGUUCGGAAUGUCGCGGACUUCAUCUCCGAGCUUAUUAAAAUACAGAAACAAUAUGAUGUGUCAGACGACUUUGAGGAUGUAGUGCGGCAAACGGUGGUGCCAACGGUCAAUUGGUGCCGUCGAUCAGCAGAAACGUGCGGUGACAGCUCAGGUGCAUAUAUUAUCAACUGUACCUCUGUGCUGUUAGACUCUAUGGCAAGCGAUCUGGUGCCUGCUUACUAUAUAGAGCCAUUGAAGGCCGAUUUGGAGAAGCGCGUUUGCUCUAUGGUAAACACCUUGGCCAGUGAACUUGAAACGUCUCUCGAACUUAAAGACGCGGAAUCAGAUUCGGAUAAGGCGGCAUCCGCUUUGAAUCGUAUAUCAGGCAUUGUGUUCGGAGGCAGCCUCAUGGAUUGCGAUCUGCGAUCCAUGAAACAGCUUAGGCUCGUUACCAUGCCAUACCAGAAGGUCAUCAAGUCCAGACUGUAUGCCACUUUGGCAGACCAUUACGCCAAAAUCUCAAAAGAAGGCGACUCGCAGAAAGUACAAGAGAUUAGAGAAUUAGUGACCCAUCUUUAG